AUGGAUGGGGAAUUCUCAUUGGAAAGCUACCUAGAUGAGUGUGCAAGCCAGGAUGAUCUUCCAUCAAGUAGCCCUCAGAUGUACUCUCCCAUGAGUCCCUUUGGAUCAGACAUGCCUAUUCCGGGCACACUGUUUAGUCCUCAGCCUGACCAAAACAAAGAUUUCUCUUCGGUAGAUCUCAGCUUCCUACCAGAUGAUUUUGGACAAGAUACCAAAGAUGGUAACAACAACAACAACAUGCUGGAAGAAUAUCAAGGCCCCCAGCUAGGAAUACAAGGCAGUGGAAUCUUCUUGGAUGACAGCGGGGUGUCCCAACAGAGGGAUGAAAAUGCAAUUCAGCCACUAUCUGAUUUAUCUGGGACGUGUCCCUCCAUGACCCCAAUGACUCCCAUGACUCCUAUGACCCCUACUUCAGAAGCUUCUGGCAUUGUCCCCCAGUUACAGAACAUAGUGGCCACUGUAAAUUUGGCUUGCAAAUUGGACCUAAAGAAUAUAGCCCUUCAUGCCAGAAAUGCAGAAUAUAAUCCCAAGAGAUUUGCUGCUGUGAUUAUGAGAAUUAGAGAACCAAGAACAACAGCCCUUAUAUUUAGUUCUGGUAAAAUGGUGUGCACAGGAGCAAAAAGUGAAGAACAGUCACGACUAGCAGCCAGAAAGUAUGCUCGUGUGGUACAGAAACUCGGGUUUCCUGCAAAAUUCCUGGAUUUCAAAAUACAGAACAUGGUGGGCAGUUGUGAUGUGAGGUUUCCCAUCCGCUUAGAAGGAUUAGUUCUAACUCACCAACAGUUCAGCAGUUAUGAACCAGAGCUGUUUCCUGGGCUUAUCUACAGAAUGGUCAAACCAAGAAUUGUAUUGCUUAUCUUUGUGUCUGGAAAAGUUGUGUUAACUGGUGCCAAAGACCGUUCUGAAAUAUAUGAAGCAUUUGAAAACAUAUAUCCAAUUCUGAAAGGUUUCAAGAAAGUCACUUAA